AUGGCAAAUUGGAGUGAACUCCCUCAAGAACUCGUGAGAAAAGUUGCAACUCAGCACAUAGAAAAUGUGGAAGAUUUUGAAGAAAUUGGAAAAGUUUGUUCUGAUUGGAGAUCUGCAACAAAGGAUGUCAACUUGUGUCCUUCAAAAAACACCCAACUUCCUUGGUUGAUGCUAGUUGACCCUCCUAACAGUCCACACCGCAGAUUUUACAGCCUCUCAAAACACAUGUUUCAAAAAAUCAAUUUGCCCCAACAUGACGAUGACGAUGACGAUGACGAUGACGAUGACCAUGUGAGGUAUUUCUCUUCGAAAGGUUGGCUUAUUUCUUUGAGUAUGAAAAACCGUAAUAUCACCCUUUUCGAUCCCGCCUCCGGCAAAUUAAUCAAGCUACCAAGUGUUCCACUCAAUAUGCUAUGGUACGGCGAUUGGUAUGAUGACAGUUACUUAGGGCACUUUUCCAAAUUUAUUCUAUCGGGAAUACCGUCCUCUUGUGAUGACGAUUUUACGGUGGCAAUGAUGUUCGACGGGAACCAACAAUUGGCCUUUUGGAGACCCGGGGAACAAAAGUGGACUAAACCCGUGGUUGAUUUUGACAUUAAUUGGAUGUUGGAUACCUGUUUUUUUUAUGGAGAAUUUUAUGCCAUUGAUCAUUUUGGAAAGGUCAUGGCUUUUGGAAGUCAGAUCUCAAACCGCCAACCGCGAAUCGUUGUAGACUUAAUAGAUCAAGGUGUUCUAUUCAAACAAACUAAUGGCAUGUUUUACCUAGUCCAAGUGGAAAGCAAAUUAUUGGUGGUACAUAGGCAUCAUUUGUUACUUGAUAAUCAUGAGAGAAAUCCGGAGAACACAAAUGAGGUGUGUUGGACUAUAUGUUUUGAGGUUUUUGAGUUGAAUGUUGACAAUGGCAAACUCAAAUCAGUUGAGGGUGUCGGCAAUCAAGCUAUUUUUAUAGGUCUAAACUCUACUUUUUCAGUUGAAGCAUCGUCGGGUAAACGUGGUUGUAAACCUAAUUGUAUUUAUUUUAUCGAUGAUAAUACUGAGUAUUUUCAAGAAGAUGCUGUUCUUAUGGGAGGAGGAAUCGAUAUGGGAAUUUACAGCUUAGAUGAAGGAAAACUCAUUGAACGAUUUUAUGAAGGUCCGUCACAGUUUUGUUUCACCACUCCACCUAUAUGGGUGGAACGACGUGGGAACAUGUAA